GGGGAAAAGAAAGACAAGAAAUGAUGAGCUGUAUCAAGUGGGUUUUGUUGCCACUUUUUACUAGCUUUUUUGAUUAAGUUUUUAAUAAUAAUUAACUUAUGUUGAAUUUGUUGAUUUAUUUACAUUUAAAUACUCUGUGGAUUCAAAGGAGUCACCAAUGAGUUGAAAUUUCAAUCCAAGUCUGUGUUUUACUACUAAAAUUAGUGAUCUUAAGAUCCUACUCGAUGGUCGUCUCCAAACUAGAAGCAGUCUCAUCCUGGUUAAAUUUGGUGGAUCCAUAAUGUUUACCUUGGUUUUGGUUGGACCUGGACCCACCAUUGGAAACCACUUGGAUAGACGACACACUGAGAUAAGACUCAUACACUAGGAUAACUAAAAGGACCUGGAUAUGAACAAAUUUGAUAACUUCUCUUCAUAAUAUUUUUAUUGUUUGCCCAGACCGGGUGACUUAGAAGGGUCUACAAUUGAAUGUAUCAACCAAUAUGAAAAGACUUCAUCUGUUUUUCACGUCAUUCGAUAUGGAAUCAAGCAGAAACAAGGUGAAUAUCGCUUCGCCAGUUCAACUCAUUUCAAGAUUCGAUCAUUUUUCAUUCAUACAUUCUCAAUGAUCGGCUUUUUUCGCCUUCUUACACUCAUGUUGGUCACCGAUGAAUCUGUUCACAUUUACUUGGGCGACGGUCUUUACAGUUCAAAACAAGCUUCAAUCAUUUACUUUCUCUGUAUCAUAACACUCGGCUCUCUCUACGGUUUUGGUGAAAUUACACUUUACCAGGAAAGUUCAGGCUAUUGGAAGCCGAUGCGAGUUCUCGAUCAACUUCGUUCACCCAAUUUAAACCCUUCAUCUAUUGGCUUAACACGUUCGUAUUUGACUAAAGCGUGCAGUUUAAUUCACCUUGUUGCCAAACAUGGAGUUCGAAUCAUGAAUUGUGCACCACUCUACAUGAUCUUCAUCAUUGAAGCUCCUAUAGUUGCUGAAUUGUCUCUCAAAGAGAAUCCAAUGUUUAACUUCUACUGCCUUCUCUGGUCCUUCUUUCUAGCCUGUCCUUUCAUCUAUCACAUGGCAGGUAAUUUUGGUCGAGCUGGUUAUUUAAUCAUGUAUGGGAUUUGCUCUAUUUUACGUCUUCGAUCACUUGAGACCUUGGUUAAACAUUCAUCAUGUCAAUUGACCCUCAUUGAACGAGACAUCAAUUCCCUGGUUUCAGCUAUUAUAAGCUUUUGCAAUGAGAUGGAACAAGUUUUCAGAAGCAUUCGCUUCGGUAUAUUUUAUGCUGUGUUUGUUAUCGCCUUUAUGGCUGAUGUUCAACUCUUUUUUGGAGUAAUCAUUCCAUUGGAACCUGCUUUAGUUGCUCAUUUACUUGCUGUUAAUGCCGCUGUUAUCCUGUUUGCACUAGGAUUAACAGUCUACUUUUGUGGUGUUUACUUGAAUACGCUUCAAUCAACUGUUGUUCAAUUUCAUCGGAUUUGCACCGCUCAAAAUAUAUCUGUAUUGACAAAACUCAAGAUUAAUGAGCUUAUGGAUCGAAUGGCCGGGCCUUAUAAUGGUAUCGAAGCAGGAUGGUUUGGUACCUUAACAACCAAAUUUUUUGUAAUCUUUCUAGUUGAAAAUGCGUCAACAAUGAUGCUGUUUGCUGUUAAUGUUGUUGGAUAUUUGAUAAAAUAAUUCAAAUGAAAGGGCGAAAAAUAUUGGCAUGGAAAUUUAUUCCAGUUCAACUCAAACAAUUAACCAAAAUAUGAAUAAAUAUUGAAUGUAUAAUGAAUUGAUAAACAAAAAUUUCAAAGAAAGCAAAGCCAAAAUCUGACAUUUCAAACAAGCUCAUUAAACAGUCUCAUUAAGCAAAGAGUAAAUCAGAGAAUCCUAAAUUUGAUUCAAUUGUUGACCAAAGACUGUUUAAAACACACAAAAUGUACUCGAUUGUUGAUUUACAUUAAAAAAUAACAACAAACUCUUAAUAAACGUAUUCAUCAAACUCUUGAAAAUAUUAGCAACAAAUUAAACCCAUUUUAACCCAUUUAAAUCCAUUAACCAAACAAACCCAAACCAAUGAGCCCAGAGUUUCCAUCGACUAAAAGCAUCACCGAUUUGGAUGAUUAUUCAAUUCUCAUGAUAUUAUCGUAUAUAAAAAAUAUUCGUGAAAAAAUUCGACUUAAAAGAGUUUGCCUUCGAUUUUACCGAUUAUCAAGCGAAUCCCUUAGACUUGACCAUCAAUCGAUCAGUGACCGUAAAGAUAUUUACUAUUCAAGUGAGAUAAGGCCAUUUACUCGAACCGAGAAACGAGUUCGUCUUCCCUUUGACAAAAUAUUGUCCAAUUGUCCAAAAUUGAAAGAGUUCAAUUCAACUGCUUGUGAUAGAGUUUGUUACAAUGUAAACAGAUUACCUUGUCAACUGAUUUACUUGGAAAGAUUGACUCUUCAUGGUUGGUCCAAUGUUAAAAUGUCCUCAUCGAUUGUCCGUAGAUGUGUUAACCUAAAAUAUCUUGAUUUGGGUUGCAUUAAAAUGGGUCGUGCCUAUGAGUUUUUCACAACCGAUCUUCACAUGAUCAAAUCUAAUCAAUUGACUACCUUAAAGUUGCAUGGAGUUCACUAUUCAUUAAACAAUUUACAAACCUUCAUGUCUACCUAUGGAUCUAAAUUGCAAAUUUUUCAAUACUCAUCAAGCUUGAUUACGGCAACCUCAUCGACAAACCUUCCCAAUGGUUUAAUGAUAACACCUUUUGAUUCUAAUUUUUUUUCAACUCUCAUUCAAAUUGUUUUCAAUUUUUGUCCCAAUUUAAAUCAAUUUAAACUUGUACUGGUCGAUCAUGAUGGCUUUGGAUACCCAAUGUCUAUACCCAAUCUGGUUCCACUUGAACAUUUAUCUUCACUGUUUAUUGAAUCCGAGCAAAGAGGCUUUAGUAUUGACCUUUUGGAAAUUAUUUUACAGAAUUGUCCUUCUCUUGAAUUUCUUUGUAUUGUUGCCCGUUUCCUUUCGGAUGUUAGAGUGGUCAGUUUGUGUAAGAAAUAUUGCCCUUUGAUUAAAAAGGUUAAUCAGCGGCCAGUCGAAUGAGGUUGAAAUUAUUGUAAAGACUGGAAAUCGAGAUUGAAAUUUGAAAAUUUUGCUUCUAUUGCCAUCAAUAAUGGUAUUUUAUAUUGAGCCAAUGGAUUAUAAUUUUCACUAAUCAUGAUUCUACUGUUAGCUUUAUUUAUUUGAAUAUUUUAAAUUCAUCAGUUGAUUGUAUUUACUGGUGUAGCCAUUAGCUUUUGUUUUCAUUUUUGAGCUGUAUUUGUAUUUUUGUUUUAUGAAAUUAAAUGAUUGAAUCUGAAGAUGUUAGCAAGUC